CUCCUCCACACUUCCCCAUCAUCAAAGUUUCUUACUUUCUUACUUUCUCUCUUCUCUGUCUUCUCCAACAACUUCCAUACUUCUUUGACUGUGUUCUUCCAAAAGGGUAAUAAUCCCAAUGGCAAAAGACGUUGAAGUUGCUGAACGUGGCUCUUUCUCUAACAAAGACUACCAUGACCCUCCUCCAGCACCACUCAUUGACGCUGAAGAACUCACAAAAUGGUCCUUUUACAGGGCCCUUAUUGCUGAGUUCAUUGCAACUUUACUUUUCCUCUACGUUACUGUUUUGACCGUGAUUGGUUACAGUAUCCAAACUGAUGUUAAAGCUGGUGGUGAUGAGUGUGGUGGUGUUGGUAUUCUUGGAAUCGCUUGGGCUUUUGGUGGCAUGAUCUUUGUUCUUGUUUACUGUACUGCUGGAAUUUCAGGGGGUCACAUUAACCCAGCAGUAACAUUUGGGCUAUUAUUGGCUCGUAAGGUGUCUUUGGUGAGAGCAGUUAUGUACAUGGUGGCUCAGAGUUUGGGGGCUAUUUGUGGAGUUGGGUUGGUUAAGGCUUUUCAAAGUGCUUACUUUGAUAGGUAUGGUGGUGGAGCUAAUUUUCUCCAUGAGGGUUAUAGUACUAGUGUUGGAUUAGGUGCUGAGAUUGUUGGGACUUUUGUUUUGGUAUACACUGUUUUCUCUGCUACUGAUCCUAAGAGAAGUGCUAGAGAUUCUCAUGUUCCGGUUUUGGCUCCACUUCCUAUUGGAUUUGCUGUAUUCAUGGUUCAUUUGGCAACCAUCCCGGUCACCGGAACCGGCAUUAAUCCCGCUAGAAGCCUUGGUUCUGCUGUUAUCUUCAACCAAGAAAAGAUCUGGAAUGACCAUUGGAUAUUUUGGGUUGGACCAUUUGUUGGAGCAGCCAUUGCAGCGUUCUACCAUCAAUUCAUCUUAAGAGCAGGUGCUGCUAAAGCUCUUGGAUCAUUCAGGAGUAGCAAUGCUAAUUGAGUGUUAAUGGAAAGAGAUGAAGUAAUUGAUACCAUUUGCUUUGUAUUUUGCAAGUUUGCAACCACAUUCUCUAUUGUGUAAUCAAGAUUUGUGGAUAAGUGUUAGGUUAAAAAGUCUCUUUCGUUACAGAGGGAGCCUUUUUUACACUUUCCUCUGUAUUCUCUUUAGUGUGUCAUUUUUCUUUUUUGAAGUUAUUCUCUUCUGUCAUCCUUUGUACUCAUUAUAUAUUUAUGGAAAAAUAUUUCAAGUUUAA